UAUUUGAAAGGACCGGAAGUGCCCCCGGAGGAGUCCCGGGAGCUGGAUUUAAAAGGAGGCGGCGCGUCAGGGAUGGCGACCAAGCGGCUGGCCGGGCAGCUUGGAUUGAUUAGGAGAAAAUCAAUUGCACCAGCAAAUGGGAAUCUAGGAAGAAGCAAAUCCAAGCAGUUGUAUGACUACUUAAUUGUCAUUGAUUUUGAGUCUACAUGCUGGAAUGAUGGGAAGCACCAUAAUAGCCAGGAAAUAAUUGAAUUUCCAGCAGUCUUGCUAAACACAUCAACUGGAAGGAUUGAAUCCGAAUUUCAUGCUUAUGUUCAGCCCCAAGAACAUCCAGUUCUUUCUGAAUUUUGCAUGGAAUUGACAGGCAUAAAGCAGGCUCAAGUUGAUGAUGGAGCGCCUCUGAAAAUUUGUUUAUCUCAAUUCUGUAAGUGGAUCAAUACGAUUCAACAACAGAAGAAAAUUACAUUUGCGACUGGAGUUUCUGAACCUUCUGCUUCUGAAGUAAAAUUAUGUGCAUUUGUUACUUGGUCAGACUGGGACUUAGGAGUUUGCCUAGAGUAUGAGUGUAAAAGAAAGCAACUUUUAAAACCUUUGUUUUUAAAUUAUUGGAUUGAUCUCAGAGCAACUUACAAGCUUUUCUACAGGAGAAAACCAAAAGGACUAAGUGGUGCCUUGCAAGAAGUGGGAAUAGAAUUCUCAGGAAGGGAACAUUCUGGGUUAGAUGAUUCCCGGAAUACUGCUCUUCUUGCUUGGAAAAUGAUCAGGGAUGGCUGUCUAAUGAAAAUUACAAGGACCAUCCAUAAGGUUCCUACUAAGAAGAAUUCCAACAUUUCGGCCAGAAAUGUCAAUAUAAAUCAAGUUGAAGAAACAUCUACUUACAACAUUUGCACCCAUGGUCCUAGCAUAUAUGAAAAGAAUCCUAAAAUUACAAUAAAUGUCCAUGAAAAAGAUCAAAUAAGCUCAGUUUGUGUGAAUUCCCAUAUAAAGGCACAGAAGGAUCAAUUACAAGUAAAGAGUGAUAUAAAAGCAGGUCUUCAAAAUGCCAAAAGUUGCUUACCUCUUUGUGAUACUAAACCCUCUACUUCUUUGGGACAAUUACUAUCUCCUACCUUGAAUUCACCUCUCUACAUACAGAAACAAAGAAAAAGUGUCCAUUUUGCAUUUAAUGCCAAAUCUAACUCUUCCACAUUGGGACCUGAAUUGAUACGUGUUGCCACUACCAUUCCAUCGGUUGUUAAUCAUGUUUCUGAUAAGGAAAUUAGUUCUGCUCUUGACUGUUUACCUAUGUUGGUUGAUUGGGAAGAUGCAAUUUUACUGCCUGCAUCUCAGCCUGAGCAAAAUAAAGAUUGUACGCCUCCUAUUGAUGAUACAAACUUAGACAUUUUAUUUAAUUCUGGAGAAAGACUGGUGGAUUUAAAUGAAUCAGAAAUGUUAAGUCAUGAAAACUUUAGAGACAGUAAAGAACCUCCUGAAAAAAUUGAGACCUCUAAGUCUGUUGUGUAUAAGAGCCUUCACACUACCAUUUAUAACGUAAAAGAAUCCAAACAUUUAGAUUCAGAUGUUUCUGCCUUUAAAUUACCUGAACACAAAUCAUGUGCCUUCAGUAAUGUUAAUGCCAGUGUAUCGAACCCGAUGGUUUUGAGAAAACAUGCUCUUGUUUUAGAUAGUACUAAAAGGAACUCAUCUAGUUCCCCAGCUUUCCCACCAGCAAAAAAACAGACUUUCACUAUUCAUGAAGAAAAAUCUAUGUCAUCUGAUAGCUCCCCCAUAAGGAGUCCUUCCUGGAACAUUCUCCCCUCUAUAUUAACAUCUACAGUUAAUGUAAAAGAGCCUUGGAAGAGUACAAAAAUGACACCUCCCUUAUGCAAGUGUGGCCGAAGAUCUAAGAGACUUGUUGUUUCUAAUAAUGGACCAAACCAUGGAAAAGUCUUCUAUUGUUGCCCUAUUGGAAAACACCAAGAAAACAGAAAGUGUUGUGGUUAUUUUAAAUGGGAACAAGCACUUCAAAAGGAAAGAGCCAACAGCAUUGUUCUAUCUCAUUCCACAGGGGAACUCACUUUUCACUCUCCAGAAACAAGACAUACACAUGACAGAAAUUUAAGUUUUUCUACUAAAAAUUCUUUGAAACUCAGGCCUUCAAUGAGAAAUUGACAAAAUUUCUUUACAUCUGAAGUAUGUUUUUACUUUUCAUAUAAAUUCUAUUUGACUUUUCGCAUAGGAAAGAUAAAAAGUAUAGGGUUAUAAGAUAGCAUAUCUGAGCUCUAUACACACAUACUAACUAAAAAGAGAAAAUAACUGUCAGAACUUUUCCCUUCACCAAAUUAUUUACCAAUUGUCUUCUGUUUAUAUGUGUGUGAAUCCUAAUUGUUCCUUAAAUUCCAAAACAUGAGUAUCCUAAUACCUUGUAUAAUUUUAUUUAUAUUUUAUUAUACUUGUUUUAAAGAACUACAAAUAAAUAUUUCUGUAAACUGUAUUUAUUAAGUUAAGUAUAAUUAAGCAAUAGUAGUACAUGAUACCUUUUCUAGUUAACCUUGAAACAAAUUUUAAAUUUUUUGAAUGAAAAUUUGAUGAAUAAAAACCCUAUUUUCAGGAAUACACUGAGAAUUAU